GGAAAAUAAAUAGCCCAGGCCGUGUUUGGUUGGUUUUCACUUACUGUAUAUGGAUUGGAUGGCGUUUUGAAAAAGACCGAUUCUAAAUUCUCCCUAACAAAUACAGUGAUUAUACUUGCAGAGAAGGAAAAAAAUGGAUCUAGUGGAGAAGGCGAAGAAUUACGUGGGCGAGAAGCUGGCGAGCAUGCCGAUGCCGGAGGCCAGCAUCUCCGACGUGGAUAUCAAGGGUAUUUCCGUCGACGGCAUCUCGUAUCACGUCAAGGUCGACGUCAAGAACCCUUACUCCUCCUCCAUUCCCAUCUGCGAGAUCAGAUAUGUCCUCAACAGUGCCGAUAGGGAGAUAGCUUCAGGGACAAUACCAGACCCAGGGUCACUGAAAGGGAACGAAACCACAGUGGUUGAUGUGCCAGUAAAGGUGCCACACAGUGUGCUAUUGAGCCUGGGGAGGGACAUCGGCCGCGACUGGGACAUCGACUACCUUCUCAACUUGACCCUCGUCGUCGACCUUCCCCUCAUCGGAAACAUUUCCAUCCCUCUCUCCCGCCGCGGUGAGAUCAAGCUCCCAACUCUCUCUGAUUUCUGGAACAAAUCUGGUGAUUCUUAACUCAUAGGAAUCCCUUUACAUAUAUACUACUAAUCACAUAAGUACUUACCUUGGAGUACAUGUUAUUACUAGUAUUCACUCUUCCCAGUUUGUUAUAUAAUACUCCGUAAUAAAAAUUCACCACAAUAUGCAAUCCUCCUUUAACUGUUUGCUGCUAUGUACUUUUUCUUUUGAUCAUGGAAAUAAAAUGAAGAUGAGGGUGAAUCAUGUUUAUUGGAUUUAGUUCUCUUCUACUAUUAAUAAGUUGACUUUCGAUAU